AUGAAUUAUUUUCUACGUGGUGGUAGUCGAAUUAUCAUUUCGACAUCUACAAAUGUCUAUACAAAUUUAGCAUUAGAGCGUUUUCUUGCAGAAAAUAUUCAACAUCAACCAAAAUCAAAAUUAUUAAUUUUAUGGCGUAAUUCACCAUCUAUUGUAAUUGGCCGUUAUCAAAAUCCCUAUGUUGAAUCUAAUCUCAAUUAUUUAUUUGAAAAUAAUAUUCUUCUUUCUCGACGUUAUUCUGGUGGAGGUACGACGUACCAUGAUGAAGGAAAUUUAAAUUUGACAAUAUUAACAACAAGAGAUAAUUAUAAUCGACGAAAAAAUUUGGAAUGGCUUGUUAGUACAAUUAAUGAUUCUUAUGUAAAUAAAUUUUCUUUACAUAUAACAAAACGAGAUGAUAUUAUUUUAGAAGAUUCGAUUAAUAAACAACAAUAUAAAAUAACGGGAAGUGCUUCGCGUUUAACUCGUACAUAUGCCUAUCAUCAUUUUACACUUUUGAUUAAUACAAAUCUUAAUCAUUUACGACAAUCGUUAAAAUCAAAUGAUCGAUUUUCUAUCAAAUCAAAUGCCACUGAAAGUAUUCGAUCAUCAGUAACAUGUUUGAGUAAUUAUGAGUCAACAAUUCAAUAUGAAACAUUGAUCGAUAUUUUGGCUAAAUCAUUUUGGAAACAAAAUCAACAAACUAAAUGGGGAAGCGAUUAUUUAUAUGAUUAUAUUGAUCCGCAAUUAUUUCAGAAUCAAUUGAAACAGUUUAUUGACGAAUUAAAAUCAGACUACUUUCUUUAUGAAGUAACACCACCAUUUACCUAUACGAUUCUAGCUCACAAUAACAGAACGAUUGAAUUUUCAAUUAAAAAUGGUAUAAUUGAGGAUAUUAAAAAUUCAAAUAAAGAUGAAUAUGAAAAAUUUUAUCAUAAACAAUUUUACUUGAUGUAUAAUGACAUUAAACAAUUGUAG